AUGGGUAGUUGCUUCUGCAAUGGAGGCAGCGAUUGUAGUAGCAAAACUGGCUGCGCCUUAAAAUUUCUAGGAAUUGCUUUUGCCGGCUUCAUUGGUUUCUCCGCCCUUCUCGUCUUGGUCCUAUACAUCACGGGUAGACAAUAUGAUGUGAGUCUUGGUACCAUAUUCGGCCAAAUACGGGACGGGUUCCGUGGUUCCAAGCCUAAACUCCAAUAA